ACGCAGAGGGGGACGGCUACUGCGACACGGCUGAGACUGGAGUGAGCUGUUUACGGUGUUCUUGUUCUGUUCUUUGCGUGGCCUGGCAGUUCCCUGCGGAUUAUGAGGUUGUUGAAGAAAGGGCGCUGCUUAGAGAAAGUAAACGGCGUUGGUGGGAAUGAGGAAGAACGAGCUCGGCUGCCGCCGGUCAGGAAUCCCUUUGUACAUGAUAUCCGCUUCUCGGUGCUGCAGAAGGUGCAGAUAGCAAUCAUGACUGUGACUCUGUUCCCAAUUCGUCUCCUGCUGGCUGCUUUCAUGAUGUUGCUGGCUUGGCCGUUUGCCUUCCUCGCUGCAUGGGGACGUAUUGAAAAAGAACCUGAAAAACCAAUGAACAUGUGGAGAAAGACAUUGGAUUUUUUGCUGAAAAUGAUAAUGAGAGCUAUGUGGUUUGCGGGUGGCUUUCAUUGGAUGAGUAUAAAAGGGCGUCGUGCUUUGCCCAAAGAAGCACCUAUAAUGACAUUAGCACCACAUUCUUCAUAUUUUGAUGCAAUUCCAGUUACCAUGACCAUGGCUUCCAUUGUAAUGAAGGCAGAAAGCAAAGACAUUCCUAUAUGGGGAACAUUGAUCAAAUAUAUUCGGCCAGUCUUGGUGUCUCGCUCAGACCAGUAUUCCCGCCGGAAAACAGUCGAAGAAAUUAAGCAAAGAGCCCUGUCUAAUGGCAGGUGGCCUCAGGUAAUGAUAUUCCCAGAGGGUACAUGUACGAAUAGGUCAUGUCUGAUAACCUUCAAACCUGGUGCAUUCAUUCCUGGGGUUCCCGUGCAACCUGUGGUCUUGCGUUAUCCUAAUGAAACAGAUACAAUCACUUGGACAUGGCAAGGACCUGGAGCGUUAAAAAUCCUGUGGCUUACGUUGUGCCAGAUACACAAUAAUGUGGAAAUAGAGUUUUUGCCAGUAUAUACACCUUCUGCAGAGGAAGAGAGAAACCCUAUUUUGUAUGCAUUUAAUGUUAGAAAGGUAAUGGCAAACGCUCUUGGUGUUCCUGUGACUGACUACACAUUUGAAGAUUGUCAGCUUGUAAUGUCUGACAGCCAGCUGAAGCUACCUGUGGAUACCUGUCUACUAGAAUUUGCAAAACUUGCCAGAAAACUCAAUUUGAAACCUGAUAAAAUUGAAAAAGAACUAGAUGAACUUGCAGAAAGUGCCAAAAAAUUGAAAGGAGAAACUCUGGAGACUUUUGCUCAUUAUUUGAAAUUGCAAAUUUGUGAUGCAGUAUCAGAUAUGUUUUUACUUUUCGCUGAGAAUGAAAAUGGAACAAUUGAUAUCAGAGAGUAUGUGAUUGCCUUAUCUGUAGUAUCAAGACCAUCUAAAAUGCAGGAAACCAUUAAGUUGGCAUUUAGGAUGUAUGAGUCAAUUGAUCAAACUAUAACAGAAGACGACCUGGCCUGCAUUCUGAAGACUGUUUUGGGAGUAAAUAAGCUCAAUGUAUCAAACUUGUUUAAAGUUAUUGAUACUACUCAGGAGAAGAAAAUAAGCUAUAUGGAUUUCUGCAAGUUUUCACAUGCGAAUCCUGAUUAUGCUGAGGAGUACCUUUAUCCAGACCAGAUGACGGCUUUCACGGAUUGCAUGGAAAAGCAGUUUGCCGCUACUUCUAAUGGGUUUUGCACAGACUUUUCGCCUGAUCUCAACGAUGAAGAUAAAGAUGGCACCUUGGACAAAAAGAUAAACUAACACCUUGGAUAAAAUCCUUCUCCUGGUGAGGGGGUGGACCAAUUUAGAACACACAUUAUUUCUGUUCUUUCCUGUAUGAACUUAACUGCCAUUUUUUCUGGAUUUAUCAUUUCUCCAGUCUGAUAUGAUAUGAGUUGAGCUUGGUUUUAAAAGAAAAUGUAAGUGUCAUUGGAAGCCAAGGAUGUCAAGAUGCUCACUAUUUGUACCUAAAACUGAAGGGAACCAAGCAUCUAUUCAGAUCCAUAUUCCUGGUACAUUUUAUGGUGACUUUGCUUGUUUAAAACUUGAAGCUCAGUUGUGCUUGUCUAUUAUUUUGUGCUUUUAUCUGUUUGUAGUCCAGUUAACUGUUUGCUUAAUUUUAAUCAGAGCUUUUGAAACAUGGUUGUAGAAGAUGGGGUUAUGUUUUGCUGUCAGUGUUACAAUAUAACAAACACUUCUGUGGUGUGCUCUCUACUCUUAAUGAUGUGCUGAUUAGGACACUUGCCUACUUAAGAUUUAAGUGUCACCACUGUUUCCUUCCCUUGCUGUAAUGAGUGGAGAGAGAAAAAUGAUGUGAAUUAAGUUUAGAAAAACAUUGAGGGUUCGUCAGUGUUCAGAUUAACAUUUAAUUUUCUGAAUCUAAUUUUAACUGAGUUAUUUCCAUUAUGGUUGAAAUUAUUUUUAAAUACUACUGUUAAUAUAUCAGUAGGUUGGAAAAUACUUGGCAAUUAUCCCAUCUGAUUCAUUUGCUUAACUUUAAACUGUGGCUUUUAAUUGACCUGGUAAUACAGCAUAUUCUGUCUGUAACUACUAUAAAGCAAAUUAACUUGAGAAAGUAGCAUGAAAAUAAGUAGUUUAACAGACCAGUAAGCAGAUGACUUAUGAUGGAAAUUUGUUAGCCAGAUUUUGAAUGAGAUGAUGCAUGCCAAAGGCUGAGUAGUAUUUGCAUAUUAUGAAACUAGCCUUCCUGUUUGCCAUUUGGGAAGGCAAAAUUGUUUCAUUCAAGAUCAAGCACCGUCGGUUGUAAGCUAAGUGGGAAUAUUAUGUAAUGUAUUCGCAUUCUGGUUCACUUAUAUGGUUCAUCAGUAUUGAAUACUUGUCCAAUGCAGGGCUAUCUAAAACUUGGGGGAAAAAGGGGAUCAAGAAUGAAUGGUAAAUAUGUGAAAACAUUAAAGUUACAAAGGAAGGGUACACAUACAGCAGCAGUGGUAGGAUCUUGAACAUGACAAACAAAAAAAACUAGAAAUUCCACAAGAGGGACUGUUUCACCACAUGGCUAUUAAACUUGAAGAUUUGAAUUAUUUAACUCUAAUUGGUGCUAUGUCAUAUCAUGUGGUUGAUUCUACUAAAGCUAAUUGCACUCGCUAGUAAUAUCCGUAACUAUUAAUAUUGCAAUUCCUAAGAGAACUGUGUUCUCAGUAGCUAUUUUUGUACUACACCCACCACAGAUAAAAAUGUGUAAGGAUGGCACAAAUGAUGAGUGGACUUUUUAAGGGAAAGAAUUUAACUCCAAAUUUAAUUCUAGGCAUUGCUGAAUUAUUCCAUUGAGAAGUGGUCUAGUCAUAGUCUUGCCACUCAACUUGAGAACCAGGGAAAUAUAUAUGAUUUGCAUUGAAAGAUCCUCCUCUGUCUGGAAGAUUGCUGUUAUCUGGAUAUAAUGGAAGUUCACAUAACUGAUCAGUGUUGAAUUAAUUCACGUGAUUGACUGGUUUGGUUGCCUUAACUGUGACAAAUAGCACCCCAUCAGAGUUAUUCAAGGUUAGGAUUGUCAUGAGCCUUGAAUACUACAGAUCCAGCACUACUGCCAGAGAAAAUUUGGUUAGUCGGGCUGCUGAUGUUUCUGCUUUCCACCAGCAAAAAAAAAUGGAUUGAGUGGUUUGAAGAAAUAUGGUUUGUUUUUGUUUUUCAUUUGAAUGAAGUGAGAGGAGUGAAACUAUUAGAUUGCAAAAUUGUAAAAUGAAGUAGUGAUUUCCCAAAGGGAGACAGAAAUUGAACGCUUCCCUUUCAAGGUGUGAGGUCUUAACUGUCUUCCCUUUUUAGGUUGGUUUGGAGCAUGCAAACUUCAAAUGGAUGGAAGCAAAGUAUAAGUAAAUGUAAGAAGAAUGGUGAUUCAUUUUGUCUCAUUUUUGUUGAUAAAAUGAUACAAGAACAUGUGUGGAAAAUCUGCAUUUUGCCCGUACAGAAUGAUUUUACACAUCAACUCCCUUUUUACUGUGUGAAGUUAAUUUCCAAGGUAAACUCUACCACUUCCCCCUUAUUUUCCUAUUCUCUCCACUACCACCACCCCCCCAGCCUUUCCCACCAAACCCUCACCCCCCCAACUGGGAAUCAAUAAAUUUUCUUCAAUAGAUCUGUGUUUUUUAAAAAUUAAUGUUACAGUGCUUUAGGAACAUUUUAGUAGUAAAAUAGCAUUGUGCUCAGUUGAAAUCAAUUGUCUGCUCUUUAUCCGAAAGCUUUGUAAAUGUAGUUGUUGAUUCUACCCUUUGGCUGAAUGAUGGUGUAUGAUAAUGACUACUCUGAAGCCAAUGAAUGGGGCACCUACAGCUCAACAUGCUCAGUCCGUCAAUCUAAAGAAAUCAGUGUGGAACUAGAGUUGAUGCUGCGUAAAGAUAGUUACCUGAGAAUUAUGCUGAAGCUGAUUAUUUAAAACAGUUGUGUAGUUUACUUUUUGGUUAAUAUCAGGAAUAAAUCAAAGCAAAUUGACGACAACUUUGUUAUGAUUAACUGUAGAAGCACCUUUUUGUUGAGCUGAUGUUGGAUGACAUGACGCACUUAUUGCUGAUCAUUCAGCUGUAUUAAUAUUACUAUUGAUGUUAUCUAGGAAAUGGUCAAGCUAAUAUGGAAAAAAAUUGGAAUUAUGAAUGCUGUGAAAUUUAUAAAUAUAAUCCUACUGAACAGGGACUCAUUGGUACUGCCAGUUGUGUAAUCAAAUCAUCUUCAAACUUAAAACACAAUUAUGCAAUAGUUGCAUUUAAUAAUUUAGAGCUAAUAUAUGCAUGUAAAUUCUUCCACAAGAAUAAUGGUGAAUCAGAUCAAAAGUUAAUAAAUCUUAGUACUGUACACAUUGUGUUGAAGAUAUUGAACUUAGGAUUCCAUUUGUGGUUUAUGGGGAAACAAAAUCUGCUCCAGCACAAUGUGUAAUUAGCCUCAAUGAGGAUUACUGUGCAAUGGGAAGAGGUUUGGACGUGUCCAAAUAUUGUGGACGAUUCCUAGGUGAAUAGUUUUUAAUGAUAUUCUUUGAAAAAUAUUGUACUUUGAGUUUUUGGCUUGAUUUUGUUCAUUUCAAUUUCCUGUUUGUUUCACUGAAAGGUGACUUGGUCACAUGAUUUUGAAACUUGGGAUCAGUGCAGUUUCACUCUAGUAAGAAUGAAUGUUUUCAAUCAAGUUCUGAAAAAUUAAACAACAUUAAUAAAUCUGAAAGUCGGAUACAUGCUGUACACGCUGUGCUUGGGAUCAUUGGAAUUAUAUCUUUUGGAAGAUAACUUGUUUUUGAACUAAUUUUUAAAGUGACUGCAUAACAAUAUUAUGUAAACAUGUUAUGAUUUGUAAUUGUCUUAAUGUUUGUAAAUGUGAAAAUGGCAUAACUUCUGUGUAAUCCCAUUUUCAGACGUAGGUCAUAUUAGGUUUUGUAAGCUUUCUAAUAUGUAUACUUCAAAAAUACCUCAGACAAGUUUUCUUGUGUUCUUGGCGAUCUUUGAAAGGAUCGAGAACAGUGUGCAGGAGGCUACUUUCUUGACUGCCUGUUGACUACUGUAUUUUACAUUUAUUUUGAACAAAAUUGGACAUUUUACUUUGAGUUCAAGUUUUAUGAUGGAUUAUGUAUAGAAAUUUGUUGCAGUGAUUUGAUCAUUUUUCAAGGUUUCAUUGUACAUAAAGGGAUCCCUGCUCAAACUUAUGUUGGUACUUUUGUACCUCAGUGAAAUUUGAGUUGUCUGUGUAAAUAAAAAUCAAAAGAGAGCUUUUA